CCUAAUAAGUUAGAUAAGGUCUCAAGCAAUUCAGAAAGUGAAACUGACUCAUAUAUCUAUAAAAUAACUAAAAGAGUGAAAGAUUUAAAAAAACAAUUAGAACAAAAUUAUAGUACAUUAACAGUUAAAGAGUAUAAUUAUAAAAGAGCUAUUUUUGAAUAUCUUAGUUUGUUGAGUAAUAAUAAUGGUCAUAGCAAAAUUAAAGCUUGUUUGGAGGUUGCACAGAAGCUACUAUCAUCUAGAUAUAGAAAACAUCAAAAAAUAAUUAGAAUAAUCGAUGAUAAAGAUAUUGAAAUCAAAUGCAAUAUUUGGAUUAAAAGCCAAAAUUUCAAAAUUACACUUGCUAUAUUUAAAAAAUUUAUCAAAGAUGAGUUGUUUCCUAGUGUUAGAAUUUUGAAAAAAAAAACUGUUAGUUUAAAGACCACAGGUAUAUACUAUGAUGGUCAUGAAAGAGAAGAUAUUUUAGAAUAUAAGAAAACUUUUUUAGAAAAAAUAUUUAAACAUGAAAAGUAUAUGUCAAAAUAUGAAGAUGAGUUUAUGGAAAGGAUACAUCCUAUUUUACCUCAAGGAGAAAAAGAAAGAGUUCUUGUAGUAUAUGACGAAUGUAUAUUUUAUUCAAAUGAUGGUAAACAAGAAAUUGAUGGAUGUUUAUGCUUACAACAAUCUGAUAUAGAAAGAUACUCUAAUAUAUCUAAAGAAGCAAAAUGUUACUUGAUACCUAGUGCAAAUCAAGAAGCUGUGUUCACUUUUGACAAUAGUUCUAAUCAUGAUGCAUUUAGUGAAGAUACUUUAAUUGCAAGUAGGAUGAAUCUAGGCUCAGAUGGAAAGCAACUAAUUAUGCAUGAUACUUAUUUUGGAAAAAAUAAUCAAAUACAAUCAAUAGUAUUUCUAGAAACAGAUUCAGAUAUAAAGUUAUAUGAAGAAAUAUAUAGUGAAUUAGAUAAAAAACUUCAAGGCAAACCUAAAGGUAUCAAACAAGUGCUAACAGAACGAGAAAAAUGGCCAUCUGAAGGGUUAGUUUUAGACUGUAAAAAGUGUAAAGAAAAGAUUAAAGAUACUUCAAGAGUUUCUUGUUAUGCAUACC